GUUCCAUCGCAGGGGCUGCCGAAAUGAGAGGAGCUGCCUGGGCUGCUGUUUGGGCCGGCCUCGCGCUCUGCGCCCUUCUGGGGCCUGUGCGGGGCGGGCGGCAAAUGGAUAAACUGGCGGACAAGAAGCUUUGCGCCGAUCCUGAAUGCAACCACCCCAUUUCCAUCGCGGUGGCCCUGCAGGACUACAUCGCCCCCGACUGCCGCUUCAUCCACAUCCAGAGGGGACAGGUGGUCUACGUCUUCUCGAAGCUGAAGGGCCGUGGCCGACUCUUCUGGGGAGGAAGCGUGCAAGGUGACUAUUACAGCGAGCAGCCGGCCCGCCUGGGCUAUUUCCCCAGCUCCGUCGUCCAGGAGAGCCAGUACCUGAAGCCGGGCAAGACAGAGGUGAAAACGGAUAAAUGGGACUUCUACUGCCUGUGACUCCAAGGGCCCAGGGCCUGCACCGGGGGGCCCCAUCCUGCUUUAAAGCCCAGCCUCUUCCCCAGGCCGCUCUCAGCCAAGCAGGAUUCCUCCUCCUCCAGUACUCACUCCUCCUGGCUGUGACCUUCUCCCUCCGCAGCCUGUAGGGGGUCUGCUUUGGUGCAAUGCAAAACUCUCUCCUCCCCCC